GCUGCAGUGAUGAAUCAGCAAUCAUCAGCAGUGUUCGACGUAACCUUCCUAAGCCAAAGUUAAUUUACAGAAGUUUAAAUAACAAUUAUUUAUUAACCACAAUGGUUAAUCCUGUACAAAGUUUACGAGCUUUCCUAAAGUAUUGGUAUUUCCGAUAUAUGCUCGUAACAGAGCUGUACAUGGUUGAACAAUGGGAGAGAGAUUUUAUAAAUAUCUUUUUUAUAGCAAUGUUCUUUCUCUUUUUCAUCUUCAACUACAAAGUACUACUGCCAGUUACACAAUACGUAUUAGAAAGUUAACUGUCAGUGUAGCAUAAUUACUGCAAUGUAUAAAAAACAUAAUUGUUCCAUCAUUCCAAAAAUUUUUAAAACACGACUGUGAUUGUAAGAAUCUAAUAAAAAAAUAAAAGUUUUAAAAUAAUCAACUAUUAUAUUAAAUUUAAUAUAAAAAUACAAUACAAACCUAUUGUUACAGAUUGAUGGAAAUUGUGCAUUAUUUGGAGAUAAUAAUUUUAUUUAAAACAGUUUGAAAAAUUAUGUUGAAAUACUUUAUUUUUCUUGGUUAAUUACUUUCUUCUUGCUUCACUGAUUUCUUGAUUUACUGAUUGUGUAGAAGUAUGCAUUAUAAAUGUUUUUAAAUUAAAAGCAACUUUUGUAAAUAUUAUCCUCAGCUAAUUAAUAACUUUCCACGUAAAAACCUUUUUCCAAUGAAAGAAAUGGUAUUUAAAGAAAUGAUGCAUGAAUUAUGUAAUAGUUGAUGAAUUAUGUAAUAGUAUUUUUGGGGACGAUCUGUAUAUACCUGGCAUAAUAAUAGGUGUUGAGACAUUAGUAAAAUAUGUAUAUGCAUAAUAAAUAUUCAAUUUAUUUUUUUUUUUUUAAUACGAAGUAUAUGAGUAACCAUUAACCAAUACUUUUAACAAUUUCAUACUAAAUACUAUAUACUUUGCAAAUUUAUCAAUUCAAUGAUUUGUAUCGUUACUCCAAAUUCAUUGCAGCUGAUAUCUUCCCCACGUUUCAAAAUUUAAAUAAUUUACAUAAAUUAUAGAUUUUCUGUAUCUGGCAAUGAUGAACAUCAACACAGACAGCUUUUAUCUAAUAA